AUUUCCAGGAAAAUAUCUGUCUUCAAACCCUAAUAAAGCACCAAGAAGAGAAGAAAGUGAUUAUUCGAAGGUGAAAAAUCACCAAAUUGCAUUGAUAAUUCACAAAUUCGAAAGAGUUCAUCGCCAGAUCUAGAUCCAUGGGGAACACAGAGAAAUUGAUGAACCAGAUCAUGGAGCUCAAGUUCACAUCGAAGAGUCUUCAACGCCAAGCCCGGAAAUGUGAGAAAGACGAAAAAUCCGAGAAGCUUAAGGUGAAAAAAGCGAUCGAGAAAGGGAAUAUGGACGGCGCUAGAAUUUACGCCGAGAACGCAAUCCGCAAGCGCAGCGAGCAGAUGAAUUAUCUCCGUUUGUCCUCGCGUCUCGACGCCGUUGUGGCUCGACUCGAUACUCAGGCAAAAAUGAGCACAAUCAGCAAGUCUAUGGGCAAUAUCGUCAAAUCACUCGAGUCCUCCCUCAAUACCGGUAAUCUCCAGAAGAUGUCCGAGACGAUGGACCAGUUCGAGCGCCAGUUUGUUAAUAUGGAAGUUCAAGCUGAGUUUAUGGAGAGUUCUAUGGCUGGAAGUACCUCGCUGUCGACUCCGGAAGACCAGGUUAACAGUCUCAUGCACCAGGUGGCCGAUGACUACGGCCUCGAGGUCUCCGUGGGGCUUCCACAAGCAGCUGGCCAUGCUAUUCCUACUAAGGACAGUGAGAAAGUCGACGAGGAUGAUCUAACCAGGCGCCUUGCCGAGCUGAAGGCGCGUGGGUAAUUGAGAAACUAAAGAUUUUCCUGUUAAUAACGAGGCUGCGCAAUUGAUAUAUUGUGACAUAGUAUGUGGAGUUCUCUCUAUUUCAUUCUGAAAACUGAACGUCUUUAAUGUACAUUUUAACUCUCUUGUGU